AUGGUUGGGGCACAGCAUGAGGCUAGAGGGAAGUGAGAAUUGAAGGGAAACAAUAAUUUUUUUAAAAAAUCCCUGAUUGGAUGUCUAUCUGCCUCGCCAAUCACAAGCGGGUAAGGGGGACCCACCAGGGCCUAGCGCUCCUUUUUGCCACGUGUGUUUUCUUGGAGCAGUCCUGGUUUGCUUCAGGCGGGCCCAUUAGUGCCCACGAUCCAGAACCCCCCAGGUCAGGGACUUGGGCUUCUGUUCUCCGAGACGAGCCGGAUUCCAAGCUGGAGAAGCUAAUCCAACAGGGAAGAGAAGAUGCCAAUAAAUUCACCGAAACAUUGUUUGGGAAACUCACCAUCGUUGACAGAACAGAGGAGGGCCGGGAGAUUUCGAAAUUUCUUGAGUAUGUCUCUAGGAAUAUUAGCAGGCGCUUGGAUAGCCUGCAGGAAGAGUUACCUGAUGAGGUCGUGGAAGCUUUUGAUCUGGUUUUCGGGGUGCCAUACCAGGUUGCGGAGAAGGCUAUCACUGCCCUGUUUGACCUGCAGAGACAUAGAAGGCAUAACAUAGAAGAGCUUGGCAAAGCAUUGCAAUCUGCCCUGGCGGGUUACGUGGACCCCGUCCUGGAGAGGGUGGGUCCGUACGCAGCAACCGUGCGCAGUGCCGUCGUCGCCAGAGCUCAGGAGAUCAACCAUGAGAUAGAUGAGAAGCUGCCGCAGCAAAUGCAAGCUCUGAGAACCCAGUUGGAACAGCACAUUAAGAAGCUGCAAGAAUUGCAGGCAACCCUUCAGCCUUAUCUUGACCACAUCCAGCAGCUGAUCAGAAAAGGAGCGGAGACGAUCCACAAGCACUUACUGAAGCCGUACAUUGGUCCCAUUGUGCAGUUGCACCAAAAGUACAAAAAGGACUUUAGGACGUGGUCUAGAGCCCCAGUGUUUUCCUCAAAUCCAUGAUUAUUUCUCUCACAUGUAUAUGAGGAAGCAAUCUCCCCCAGCAUCUAAAGAGAGAUCAGAAGGGAAAAGCUUACAUUGGUUUUUGUGUCUUCAAGACCUUGUCUGGGAGGUAGGGCAGGUGUGCAAGUCUUCUCCAGAUGGGAUAAUAAAGGAGACGUUCCUAACAACCUC